AUCCUUUGCCUCCUGACGCGGAAGUGGCAGGAGUUAGUUGUCUCUUUAAGAGCGUGCUAGAACAGAAGCCGAAGAGUAUCGCGAGAACCGUAAAAGCAGCCACUUCUCGCGAUGUUUGGACCGGCAAAGGGUGGCCAUUUUGGAGUCCACCCGGCGGCUGGUUGCCCCGGCGGCGUCAGCCAGCCUGCUGCCGGGACCAAAGCUGGCCCCACCGGUGUCUGCCCUGUGGGCGGCCGCACCAACGCUAUGUGGCGGCUCCGCUGCAAGGCCAAGGAGGGCACCCAUGUUUUGCAGGGGUUGUCCAGCCGGACCCGGGUGCGGGAACUCCAGGGCCAGAUUGCCGCCAUCACUGGGAUCUCCCCCGGCUGUCAGCGAAUCCUCGUCGGAUACCCGCCCGAGUGCCUGGAUCUCAGCAACGGGGAUACCAUUCUGGAGGAUUUGCCCAUCCAGUCAGGUGACAUGCUGAUCGUUGAAGAAGACCAAAAUAGGCCCAAAACGUCACCUGCAUUUACAAAGUAUGGUGCUCCUAGUUACGUCAGGGAAACUUUGCCUGUGCUUACCAGGAUGGCAGUCCCAGCAGACAACUCCUGUCUCUUUACCAGUGUGUACUAUGUUGUUGAAGGAGGAGUCUUGAAUCCAGCUUGUGCCCCUGAGAUGAGACGCUUCAUAGCACAAAUUGUAGCAAGUGAUCCAGACUUCUAUAGUGAGGCAAUACUGGGAAAAACAAAUGAAGAGUACUGUGACUGGAUCAAAAGGGAUGAUACUUGGGGCGGAGCUAUUGAGAUAUCCAUUUUGUCUAAAUUUUACCAAUGUGAAAUAUGUGUAGUGGAUACACAGACCGUACGAAUUGAUCGUUUUGGGGAAGAUGCAGGAUAUACCAAAAGGGUCCUUCUCAUUUAUGAUGGCAUCCACUAUGAUCCACUUCAGCUUGUCUUCCCUGACCCAGACACCCCUCCUCUGACUAUUUUCUCCUCUUAUGAUGAUAUUAUUCUUGUGCAAGCACUGGAAUUAGCAGAUGAAGCUAGAAAGAAGAGACAGUUUACAGAUGUAAACCGCUUCACCCUGAGAUGCAUGGUAUGUCAGAAGGGAUUAACUGGACAAGCAGAAGCAAGGGACCAUGCCAAGGAGACAGGCCAUACCAACUUUGGAGAAGUGUGAUCCAUGCAUGAUGAGGAUUGAAGCCUACUACCUCACAGAUCCAGAAGGCUCUGGGUUUUCCAAUAAGCUAUUUGUUACCCUUAACAACAAAAGAACACAAUGCUUGAACCAUCCUUUUAACCUUAAACCACUAAGACACUGAAUUCCUUGUUAAGAUUAAAAUUAGUGUGCAAGUUUACAGAUGUGUGUCUACAGCGGUGAUACAGCCCUCUUUCUGCUUGGGUGACAGAAUAGGUGGUCCUUGCCACCUACUGACACUGACCUGAAGAUAUAGUGUUAGUAUUAUAAACUAGCACCCAGCAGCAUUAACUUGUAGAAGAAAACAACUUCCUAUUUGGGGUAAUGCGAAAGGCUUCAGCUGAGGCCACUGGACGUAAUCCACAGUGUCUCCAGUAAUUGGGUCUUUUUAAAAACUCUGAGUGGGUUAAUAGUUUCUAUGUUAUGAAUUGAUUCCUCAAAUGAAGAUACUCAGAAUUGUCGAAACUGAUUUCAUAUUGCAAUUUGGUAGACUUUAUAAAUGUGUACUUCACCAGUUGUUAUAAGUAGAUAACAUGCAAUUUUUACAGAGAUGAGUCUACUCCUUGAGAAUAUUACCUAAAAACAAGAACUUAUAGUGCCCAGUGAAGAAUUUCUAGUCUAUAAAAGAGAAUGUACGAGGGAAAAGGUGCCUGAGCAGCUUACUGAAGCUUUAAAAGACCAUGGGCCUCAUGUUUUAAUGCAACUCAUUUAUUCAUCUGUCACGUUGGAUAUUGUUUGGAGGGAUUUGAUUUCCUCAGCUUUUUGUUAAGAGCAUUUCCUCCAACUCCUAAAAUAACUUUUCAUCUAAAAUUAUAACACCAUGCUUUCAUUUGGUUUUGAGAGAUCUUUUGCUUACCUAAACAGUAUUUGUUUUCAUGCUAGCCUUGUCAAACCACUCUUAAAUGAUUUCAUGUUUCUGAAAAUUAAUACUUUGUUUAUCCACCAUCUAUUACCUUGACUUUUGAAGAGUUUUAAAGUAAUUGGGAUAAUAACAUUGAAUGAAUUUGUUUGACUUACAAAAUAUGAUAGUUUUUAAAUCUUUGCCUUAUUCAACCUUCUCAGAAUUCUGCUUCUUACUAGAAUUAGAUGUGUAGCCAUUUGCUUGGUGGGCUAAUCCACGAGGCAUACCCUCUAAAACUUAGCUUCACUAUGAGAUCUUCCAGAUAAAAGUGUUCUACCUCUUAAUUCUUCUGAAGAUCAGGGAUGCUAAAUUUUAAUUUGUUAUGCAUUAUUUUACGUAAUGUAAAGAGGCUUAAUGCUGUGAAGUUUUGUUAUCUUGGUCUUGUUUUUUAUUAUCUUACUUAGAAAACCAAUGGUAUGGGAAUUCCCUGGCAGUCCAGUGGUUAGAACUCUACCCUUUCAUUGCCAAGGGUGCAGGUUCAAUCCCUUGUUGGGGAACUAAGUCCCACAAGCGUCAUGGAGUGACCAAAAAAAAAAAAAAAAAAACCAAUGGUAUACCUUAAAGCACUUAUAUUUCUUUUAGCAUGUCUUCUUGGCAAAUGUUUCAGAAUUGAGAUUUACUCAGCACUUUCACUUGGUAGAAGUGAUCGUAUAAAAUUAAGGAGUAUGUAAACAAUUUAGGAGAAAAGUAUCUUUAAGGAGCAAUUCAAAAAAUAUGCUUUAAAUCGUUAGAUGACUUUUCUUGAGUACCUUUUGUGUGAAUAGGACUUUUAGGCGUUAUAAGUUAUUAUCGUCAGUUUAACUGAAAAGUGUUUCAUUUUCUAUUUUACCGAGCCUUAAAAUAGCACUUGGAGCUUGUGAAAUUCGAUGUUUGGCAGUCAUGUGUACAAAUGAAUAUGACUGAAAAUCUCUUUGUACCUGUAUGUCAUCUGGUCUAAAAGGAUUUUGUAUCUCUUCAUUCCCCCAGAAAAAUUUAAAGCUGUGAAUUAAGAGUAUACCACUGGGUAACACCAAUCCAGUUGAGCUUUAUGCAUUAUUAUUCAUAAACCUUGUCUUCCUUUCCUAAGUAUUUUAAGGGCCAAACUUGAUACUUGCUUACUGGAAUUUUAGAGAAGUUUAUUCAUCCAACAAAUAUUUAUUGAGUAAUUUAUUAUAUACCAGGCAUAUAUUGAUGUUUCUGAACAUAAAUUUUGUUGUUUUAAAAUUAAGUAUACUUUAUCUACAUUUGAUUUUAGUUUUAACAAGUGGAGGGAUAUAGAACUGGAUAUUUUAUAAAAUUAAGUUUAUUUUAAGUGUUUUUGUUUGCAUAUUUAAGCUUUUAUAACAAGUGUCAACUAUUUAUUUAGGGGAUCUUAUUCUGUUAUACCUGUUAACUAGGUUGUGCAUUCCUCAGUUGGACACUGAUAGGUCACUCUCAGUAACGACUUUUUAAAAUUAAUCAGCUGCUGAAAUUCAGCAUUAGGACUUUUUUAAGUAAUGUUCUGAUCAUGGGAUAUUCAAGAUGAAGCACUGUUUGCAGACCAUUUUAAUUGUGGAGGAUUAAAAACUAAAACUUGUGCUUACUCAGAACUCAAGCUUGUAAGCCUCACAGAAGUUAAAAGAUUUUUUUAAAUUGCACUUAUACUCUUGAAUGGAGAAGGGAAUGGCAACCCAUUUCAGUAUUCUUGCCUGAAGAAUCCCAUGGACAGAGGAGCCUGGCAGGCUCCCAUGGGGUCACAGUCAGACACGACUGAGCGCCUAACACUAUAUACUUGAAGUUAGUUAACAUAAGUAAAUUCUUAUGUUACGCAGAAAUUUAAAACAUUGCACCAAGAUGAAAAGAAACUUUUUCUUACAUUUGCACUUGAGCAGAGCGAAACCUUUCUUCCUAUUCAUUCAGGUUUUGACUGCCUUGCAAGAAUUUUUUUUUUUUGUUAAAAUGAGGUUAAUUUAUAUUAGUAGCAAAAUGAAUCAAGAUUGUACUUUCCUAUCCCCUACUCCUCCUUUCCUUAACUCUUCUUUCCCUUACUCUUCUUUGGAUUUAAAGAUUAGAUGUAGGGCUAUGAAUGCACCUCUGGAUAGAUUGAUUUCAGAAAUUAAAAUUAAUGUCUUGGGAAUUUUGUGAUGUGGUAGCCAUAUGAAGAUAUCAGUGUGGUACAACUACUGUUAGUAGUUCGUGGUUGAUUUCUUGUUUCUCAUGAAUGGAUCAUGGACACAGUCAAGUGAGACCCUUGCAAGUUUGGGGGCUGGUCAUCUUGACCCUGUUGGCAAAAACUAAUAGUGACAUACUACUUGAUUAUUCCAUGAAGUUCAAGUCCCAGUGAAAUCUUUAUCAGGAAUGAAUGAACAUAUUUAUACAUUCCUGUAAAUGCCCAUGCCUAAUUUGCAUGUUCAGCUUACUCUUUCUAUCUUGUAUAGGCAUUAAAACAGGAAUGUUGUAAGUUCCCCUCUAGCUGAACAUAGUUUUCUACGUCUUUUGUGAAAAAAAUUGAAUGGGGAAUAUAUAAGAUUAGCAGCAGAGUGAUUUUUUUUUUGCUCUUUAUGUGUCAGGCGGCCUUCCUAAACUUUCAAAUAUUAGGAUUUUCAUGUUUUUUCAUGUAUUGAGAACACAAAUCUAUUAUUUGCAGCACUUUAAAAAUAUGAAAUAAAAGUUUACAUGUUAGCCCUCUCUGGCGAUCUUGUCAGACAUUAAAAUAUAGCUCUUGAGCUGCCAACAAUCAGCUCUUCUUAAUUAAAAGUUACCAUCAGUGAAUAGUGUAUCCAGUGGUACAACAUUCUGGUAAUUCUCUAACAGUAAAACUCCAUUUCAGUAACUAUUAGGAGCAUGCUGUGUGCCCUAGCAUUCAAAAUGUUACUUAUUUCUAUAAUGUGAUUGUUCUUUAUUCAUUGUACAAUGCAGUAUUCAAAUUUGUCCUUGUAGCUCAAAGAUGACUACUGCAACUUUGAAAAUGUUAGAUUCUUAAAACCUUUCAUUUGUUUCUAAGCAGGCUUAUGAUUUUGAGCUGAUUUUUGAGUCAGAGGCCUUAAAAGUCAUACAUAAGCAAAAUCACUAAGUCUAAAGUGAAACACUUGAUUUGAAUAAGCUAGUUUAUUAACUAAGGAUGUUUUCUUACUAGGAGUUAUGAUAUUUAGCAUUUAGCACAUUUCAUCCAACUUAAAAAGAUUAUAAAACUUCGCUGAUUGUGGAAAAAAGUUUCUUUAAUUUUCCAUCUCCAAAACUUAGCUUGCGUUUUGUUUACAGUGGUUUGAAUAUUUGACUUUGAAAAAAUCACAUUGAUACUGAAUUGUGGAGUGAUGAUUUAAGUCUUGGUUGGUAGAAUUUAGAGGAGAUUAAUAACCCUCACAUGCUGCUUUAGAAUAAAGGAAGAAAGGGGCAGGAAGAUAAAGUGCCACAUAAACAGAAGAGCUCAAAUGAAUGCAUUCCUAUUCUUGAAUUAUGCUUUUCAGAAAAUGUUUCAGGCAAUGCCUUUGUGUCAUCUUAACCCGUUCACAUUUCUUGGCAUUGACUCUAGCAAGGCCAUAACAGAAAGGCUUGUCAGUAAAGUAUUAAACCAUGACUAUAAACAUUUUGCUAUGAUGCCUUUUUAUACUUGUUUUUUUUAAAUGCAUACCUACAUCUAAAGAGUUUGGGGAUAGUGAAAAUAUGAUUUAGUUACACUGUAGGCAAACAGGUUAACCUAGGAAAGGUUUACAAUUUCCUCUCAGAUUACAUGAGCCUGACUGGUAUAGGAUAUGUAGUUAGUUGUCUCCCAUAAGUUACUUAAAGGACCAGGGCACCUGACUCUUGUUUGUUUUCCAGUUCACAUUGGUGCCAUUUAUCACAUAAACUGUUUACAGGAAAUAGAAUUUCCUUAGCAAAAUGUAAUGUUUUUCCUUUAAAAGUAUUAAGUUUAAAGAAUAAAUAUAAUUUGUCAAAAGGAAUAGAGAAUAGCAGUAGUCCUAUAUUUCCUGUAUUAAUGCAAUAGAGGUUGAAAUUCCUGAAGCAAUGAGAAACCUACAAAACUCAAAUUUAGACCUUUAAAAUAUGACUUGAAAAGUAAUAGAGAAGGACAAAUAGAACAAAGUUCUGUUUCUCUUGACAUAAAAUAUUUUUUGUUAAUAAAGAUGGACAGUGCUUCCUUGGUUUAAAAACAUUUUGUUGAUUUGCCAGCAUUUUUUCAAGUUAAUGCACUAGUGCUACUACCUGAAAGAUGCCUAAUUUUGUUUUAUAUAACUUAUGUGAUUUUACCAUUGUCAUUAAGAUGCAUUAAUUUUAUUUGUGAGGUGUAUGAUUUUAAAUACCUAAAUGCUGUAUGAAAUGACUUAUUUUGAAGAAAUAAAUGAAGUGAAAAUAUU